CGCUUUAAGGGAGCGAGGGAGUCGCGACGCCGCUGCUGGUGCUGCUGACCCCCGGGAGCCCGGUUAAGAAGCGGGCAGCUGUCUCUUUAAGUGCGAUUUCCUUCCAUUGUAUUUGAAUCGUGAUCAGGAAAAAGGAAAUGAAACCAGCGGCGCGGGGCUGAGCUGGAGAGCGAUCCCCGGGAUGCUGCUCUCCGCAUUCGCCGCCUCGGCGCCGCUCGCCCGAGCAUGUUCGGAGCCGCGCCGGCGGCGAGCCUGAGCGGAGCGCCGCGGGCGGAGCCGCGGGGAGGAAAUCCUGUGAAUGUCAUUGGGGGGCGGAGGGGGAGCUCAGCUGGCGAAAAGGCUUCGAGAGCAGACAGCCUCUGCGGGGGCAGCGGGGGCAGAUCCCACCACAGGCACACUACAAAGGAGCCAUCCCUGCCAAUGUCAUCGGCCAUCGAGAGGAAAAGCCUCGAUCCUUCCGAGGAGCCAGUGGAUGAAGUGCUCCAAAUUCCCCCUUCACUGCUGACAUGUGGUGGCUGCCAGCAGAACAUCGGGGACCGGUAUUUCCUGAAAGCCAUCGAUCAGUACUGGCACGAGGACUGCCUCAGCUGCGACCUAUGCGGGUGCAGGCUUGGAGAAGUGGGGAGACGGUUGUAUUAUAAACUGGGCAGGAAGCUCUGCAGAAGGGACUAUCUCAGGCUCUUUGGCCAAGAUGGCCUCUGUGCCUCCUGUGACAAGCGAAUCCGGGCUUAUGAGAUGACCAUGCGGGUGAAGGACAAAGUGUAUCACCUUGAAUGCUUCAAAUGUGCUGCCUGCCAGAAGCAUUUCUGUGUUGGGGACAGAUACCUCCUCAUCAACUCAGACAUAGUAUGUGAACAAGACAUCUAUGAGUGGACUAAGAUAAAUGGGAUGAUAUAGCAAAGACAUGCCUCAUAGUCUACAAAAGAUAUCUCACAGGUGACACAGAUGCAUAGCUGCAGUGAAGAGAUGAUCACUUGAGCUAUGUGCUUUGUCUAAAGUGGGGGGAAAUACCACAGAGUAGGCCCUUUUCAGGCAGCACUACGUAGAAUCUAAACUACAUAUAAGUGAAGAAGGGAGACUGAAGCAAUAGUAGAUAGACUGACUUCUGUUAAAAAAGGCGUAUUGACAAUAACUGACAUCAGCCAUGUAGACAAGAGUUGAGGAACAAACACAAUGUGAUAAUGAAUUCUCGUAACUGGAAAUACAGUAGUGACUGAUGUAAAGAGAUAUUAAUGACUUUGUCACCUGCAGACUAGGAUUGUGCAAUUGAUUUUUCUUUUCAUCUUUUUUUAGUUACUCAGUUUAGACAACAGCUCCUAAUGUAAGCAAAGAAGGAUACUGGAAAAAUAGGCCAGUCAUUUAUGUGGUCAUUCUACAAGGCCUUACACUUUGGAUAGGAGAAAGCAGGAAGAGGGUAAGGGUUAUUUUUGCAUGGAUUUUUUUUUCCUGUGAGAAUGAACAGUGCAUCCUCAAGUCUCAAACUGUUCUUUAAAAAUAUCCUGCUGAAUAGUUGUUUUCAGGCAAUGCUGUUUCAAGAUGAGAUGUUCCACAGAUCAUUUCUAUACAAAUAUAAAUCUAAAGAGUUGUGCAACUAUUUUAUUAACUUAGAUUAUAUCAAUAAAAUAUUUGUUGUGUGUAGUAAGACUCUGCAGCUUUAAUAAAAGUAACAGAAGAUUU